GUGACAUUGACACGUGAAGAUGAGAAAGAUUUUGAUUGAGGGUCAAAAUAGUGAAUGAACUUGAAAAUUUUAGCGGGGUUAACGUAACUGUUUUAUGUCUGGCCGGUGGGUGCGGAAUCCAGAAGCGUGGAAAAGAACACAACGGUUUUGCCAUCCAUUACCAAACCUGUUCUGCUGUCUCUCUUCCUCCUCUCCGUUCUCUCUUUCUCUGGUCACCGCCGGUGACAAGGAUGCAGAGAAUGGGUUGAGACGCUGUGUUUAGGAGUGCUAAGUGCGUUUCUCGUGGAUGGUGAAGACGAGAGACAGACCGUCCAUGGCGGACGCCAGAGAGGAGCGGGGGAACUUUGCACUUUCAAAUGCUGAGGAAGAGAGGAUCUUCGUUUCGAUCAGAGUAAGACCUUUGAACGAGAGAGAAAGAGCGAGGCACGAUGUGUCUGAUUGGGAAUGUGUUUCUACCAACACCAUCAAAUUCAAGAACAACGGCCAUGCAGAGCAGCGUCCUCUGUCAAUGGAUACAUAUACCUUUGACAGGGUGUUUGGGGAAAAGUGCAGUACAAAGCAGGUGUAUGAAGAAGGGAUUAAGGACGUUGCCCUUUCUGUAGUUAGGGGUGUCAACUCUAGCAUUUUCGCAUACGGGCAAACAAGUAGUGGAAAGACGCACACAAUGACCGGCAUUACUGAAUUUGCAGUAAGGGAUAUAUAUGAAUACAUAGAGAAGCAUAAAGACAGAGAAUUUGUAGUCAAAUUCUCUUCCAUGGAGAUCUAUAAUGAAGCUGUUAGAGAUCUUCUCAAUGCAGGUUCUACUUCACUGAGAAUUCUAGACGAUCCAGAGAAAGGGACAGUUGUGGAGAAACUUACGGAAGAGACACUGAUAGAUAGGGGACAGUUACAGCGACUCCUUUCGAUAUGUGCAGCUGAAAGGACAACGGAAGAGACAGCGAUGAACGAAGCUAGCUCCAGAUCUCACCAAAUUAUUCGAUUGACAGUUGAAAGUAAUCCUCGUGAUUAUGCAGACGUCGCAAGAUCUGGAGCUCUAUUCGCCAGUGUGAAUUUUGUUGAUCUAGCAGGAAGUGAACGUGCUGCUCAAACAUUGUCAGCUGGUACAAGAUUGAGAGAAGGCAGCCACAUAAAUCGUAGUUUACUGAGCCUUGGAACUGUAAUCCGUAAACUAAGCAAGGGAAGAAAUGAACACGUACCUUACAGAGACUCUAAGCUUACUCGCAUUUUACAGAACUCCUUAGGUGGCAAUGCCAGAACAGCGAUCGUUUGUACCAUUAGUCCUGCAAGGAGCCAUAGUGAGCAAUCAAGAAAUACUCUGCUUUUCGCUGGUUGCGCAAAACAGGUGACUACUAAUGCUCGGGUCAAUCAAGUGACGUCAGACAAGGUUUUGGUAAAACAACUGCAAAAGGAAUUGGCCAGAUUGGAGAAUGAGUUAAGGAACUCCACGCCAAAUACCAUCUUACUCAAGGAGAAAGAACUCCAAAUUCAAAAGAUGGAACAAGUGAUCAGUGAGUUGACUCGGGAACGUGAUCUCUUUCAAUCUUCUGCUCAAAAUAAGCUUCAGUCUGCUGAAAAAGAUCAACCUCUAAGAGUAGGCAAACAUUCAGCCUCUGAAUUGUCAGGAGCUAAUAAUUUCCUUCGCAGGAUGGACAGCGCAUCUGAGAAUCUUGACAUAACAACAACCAGUUUACAGCAUACUGGAAAUUCUGAUGACGACUUUCUUUUGGAUGGCAGUUCUCCAACGUUUGUUGGGCCUGAUCCGUGUCAGGGUUGGGAGGAGAUGGCCAGCAGAGCUGCUGAACCUGAUGAUGACUGCAAGGAAGUUCCAUGUAUUGAAGUAAAAGAAGUGGAAACAGACAAUAAAAUAGAUGUUAAAUCAUCCUCAGGGAAUGAGCAGUUAAAUCCUGCUGUCGUAGAGAAUACUAACAACCUUAAUGUGGACCUCCUAAAGGAACCCAGUGGGUCUUCUACUCAAAUAGAUAAGGUGGAUCAGGAAUCUUCAAAACAUCCUCACAUAAGUUAUUUGCAGCAGAAACCUGCCACACCUCAACUCAAGGAGCCGGAAAAGGUAUCCGGCAUAUUCCCAACUGAGGUUGAAAGGGAAAGCUCUAAUAGUUCGGUUUGCUAUGAGGACAAGCUACCCGAAUCAAAGUUCCAAGCCACAGAAAGAAAGUCUUCCAGAGAAAGAUCUUUAAUUCAAGAGAGGAAGGCUUCAGUUGAAGACGUAGAAUCCCUUUGGGAUUCUGAUGCGGAGGAUACUUCCAGCGUCCUCAAUUUUGUUGUAGGAAUGAACGAAAGGGCUAGGCAAAAGCCACUGGACGAGGGCAUGGAUGAUAUUAUGGUAAGCACCAGACGCACCCACUAACACAUACUCUAAUGCUGUCUGUCCAUUUUGCUAUACUACUCCAAUAAUUCUAAAUUUUAUUUUAUUUUAUCAGGUACGAGCAAGAGCAUCUGGAACCGAUAAACGUUUGAACAGAGUCAGAGGUGUCAGUUUCAGCGGAACUCCGGCGCCUUGGAAUUUUGAGACGCAGCUGAGAGAUACAAUUCAACUUUGGGAUGCAUGUAAUAUACCCUUGGUACAUAGGUCCUAUUUUUUUCUUCUCAUCAAAGGCGAAAUUUCGGAUGCAGUGUACUUUGAUGUAGAGCUCAGACGUUUGUCUUUCUUAAAGGACACGUUUUUUAGCGCAACAAACAGUACAGGACAUGGUUCGGAUGUCACACCUAAUUCAAGUUUGAUGGCACUGAAUCGUGAGAGGAAAAUGCUAAGCAAGCAAGUGCAUAAGAAGUUUUCGUGGAAGGAAAGAAACGAACUUUACGUGAAGUGGGGUGUGGACUUGAAAUCUAAGCACAGAAGUGUACAGUUGGCAUGGUGCUUAUGGACGAAUACAAAAGAUUUGAACCACGUAAGGGAAAGUGCAGCACUUGUUGCGAAGCUGGUUGGUUUUAUAAACUCGGGUGAGGCCUCAAGGAAAAUAUUUGGAUUAAGCUUCUUAUCCCGCUGGAAGCCCUAGGAAUCCUAUACUCCCAAGGACACAUCAUCUCAAUUUUUUGUUCAGCCUUUUCUUUCCCUCUUCCCACUGACAUCUGAGAAAACCAUGAAUAGUGGGAUACCAAAAAAAAAAAAGAAAUAUCAUUUGUAAGAAAUCCGGAUGAUAUUCAGCAAGAGAAAUUGAAAUGAUACCAAUAAUAUUUAUGGAA